CAAGUGCCUAAAUUAUUAUCCGUUUGGGUUCGUGUGCGUCGCCCGACGACCGACGCCAUCUUCUUCUCCAAUUCGGGAGUACUUAGCUAUACGCGGGAAACGUCGACCGCGGAGUCUGCUGCAGUGUCUCGACAGUCGACAUAAUAUUUUCCUGGCUAUACAUACAUAAAGGGUUGGUCGCGCUCGAAACGAGUCUUGACGAAAUUCACGCAAUGUGUUCCAACGCCAACAAAUACGUCGCCUCCGCGGUAUGUACCACCGUGGUGUACAAUGUACGAAUAUUUAAUAGUCAUUUUGUGUUGACAAUUUUUGUUUAUCCGCAUAGGCGAUCCUGAUCCUGAUCCUGUGCGUCUUGAGUACCGAACAAUCGCUGUUUUCUCGAAAGAAAUCCACCACACAGCCACCGCCACUGCAGUCUUUCGGUAUUUUUGAGCAACAGUCCGCGUAAGUUCACACAAAAUAAUAAACACACUAAUUCAUAUUUUUAUACGUUUGAAUCCAAAAGGGAAUAAUGAUACAUUUUUAUUGCCAAAUAAAUAAUGGCUAAUUAAAUAAUUUAUUGUUCGACUCUACUUCAAAUUGGAAUUUAAUUACGUUUAAUUAUCAAUAUAAUAAGUCCUAGUAGAUUGCGACUCUCUAAUAUAUACAUAUAUUAUUUUGUUCAGAUUUUAGAUUUAAGCGUUUUCUUAAGUUUACUGAUAUUUAUUAUUAUUUAAAUAUUCUAGAGAAUAUUGAAAAUGUAUAAAGUAUUUUAUAUAUUUUACUAAUAUAAAACAAUAUCCGUUUCAGUCCUGUUCCGCAAAAAGAAAAAUCGCAUUGGUGGCAAAUAAAAUCUUUACUUCCUUUCACUUCCGAUUCAUCCAAAAGUGCGGAAAUUUCUGCAGGGUCAAAUUCAAAUCAAGUGGCCGUGGCCGUUCCUCUUGUACACCAAAAGGUAACGUGUGUUUUUAUUUUAUUAUUAAUUGUUUUUCUCUUAUUCUGUUUUAAAAAGAAAUGCUAAACACUAUAAUAGGUGUGUGACAAAUGUAUUAUUACUGAAAAUAUUAGUAUGUAGGUCCUAAUUCUUUUGGGAAAUAAAGGCUGAAAAUAAUUUUGGAAUUUUUUCUAAUGUAUAAUAGUUUGUUUCUUUACAUUUUUUUUCUAAAUUGCCCAAGUGAAAGUACCGGGAAAGUUAAAUAUCACGUGGUCAAUUUUCGUGGUUACAUCGGCACUUACAACUUUUUGUAAAGACGUCCUUUAUUUUAUAUUUCUGAUUAUAAUUUUGAAUACAGUUUUGAGUAUGCAGUUUGCCAUGCCCUUGCUAUACGCCGGUGAAUAACUGUAUAGAAAUUCCAUAAACAUAUGGAGUAAUUUAGUUAAAAUAAAUUUUGGUUUUGAAUUUUUGAUUUCCGUUAACUCAUUCAUGAAAUAUUUCACUUUUAGUUUAAGCAGGGGAGAGUAAUGGAGUAUAAUUUGUGAAUUGUUAUUAUAGAUUCUCAUUUAAAAAACUAAAGUUGAUAUCGCCAACAGGAUACUCCUUAAAUGUUGUGAAAAUCUAAGUAUACGAAAAUAUCUUCUUUAACUAUACUUAAAAAUUCCAAGAAUCAGAAUUUGAAUAAACGCAUAAUUUACCCAUACAAAUGGGGUGAGCACGCUUAUUAAUAAAUUACCCAGUAUAGCUGUUGAUUUAAAAUGAAAACUAAGCCAUAAACAUGUUAGCAUGACAAAUAAUUAAGUUUUAAACUAUUGUUGUUUUCAGUAUUAUUGUACGCUAAAUUACCUAUUCCAAACUCCGCACCUAUAAUAGCGGCCUACCCGCAAUGCGAAGUAUGUCCGGCUUUUAUUGUAACAUUUAAAACGACAUUUCACAGUACUUAAAUAAUUGUGUCUGUAUAAACGGUAGAAAGUAAACGGCGUAUAUUUUAUGCUUAAGCCGGGACGGGGAAAAAAAAAAAAAAUGUUUAUUCAAAUUAUUAUUAUUCGCUGGGUAUAACAUUAUAAAUGGAAAAUAUUGUAUUACCGCAAACACGCAUAUUAUUCGCGUCCGCCGUCAUUGAGGUUUCUUCGCGUUGUUAAUAUAAUUCGUUAGAAUGCCCCGUUCGGUAGGUUUGACAGCCUAACGUUCUCGCGUAUUGCCAGUCUUUUUUCACGCUAUUUACACGUGCAUUAUAAUUACGCGCGCAUAUUCGAUUUAGUGCAACAAAUCAUCGUCAUCGUGUAUUAGAGAUACUAUACAUUUCAGGUCUUGGACACGCGCGAUUUAAUUCAAUUUUCCAUUGUGCUGCGUCCAUACGCGUGCCGCGAAAACUAACCGCCGCCGGUGAUUAUUUAUAAUGUGUCGUUUAUCGAUAGCAAUACGAAUUGCGAUUUUGUCGUAUACAUCGGCCCGCCGCCGGCAAUUUUGUACGAUCGAAAAGUUAAAAUCCGAAUAUUAAUAUUGAAAAUCAGCGGGAAACUAAAUGAUUUUUAGAUUCUAUCGAUUUCACCUUUAUCGGAUACUAUUUGUUCGUUAUUGAACCUAUGAUCAACUUUUCUAUCAGAAAUCCUGUUUCGAUUUUCAAGCGCAGCGUCUUCGUUGCGAUCCAAUUUUAUCCAGUUGGUGCGUCGAAGAGGUCAUUUUUUGAUUUAGUUUCUUUUUUAGUUUUGUUAAUGAUUGGGAAAAAAUUCGUAAAACGGGAAAAUUUUCGGCAAUAACGGUUUGUUUAUUUGUUGUAAUAACAUUGAAAAUAAUCGUUUUCAAUACAUUUAUACAUGCAUUUGAAAUUCUUAAUUAUUUAUUUUUUUUACAUUUCAAUUUAUAUUUACUUCAGUUUUCGCGAGACGAUUGCGAUUUAUAAUCACACGAACAUUAUUCGGUCGUUCGGUAAUUCGUGAUCAAACGAGUAAGAAUAAUUGAGAACGAACCUCGUUCGUCGUCGUGACAUCUGCACGUCUAUAAUAAUAUUAUCUCCUCUUUCAUCACGAAAUCAGAAAACUUAACAACACAUCCUCGUGCAUUGGACUAAUAAUAAUUGGAGACGAUCGUAGGUAUAGGUUAUUUCCGAUUUUCGUGCAGUAUUGUUACCCGAUCUGAAAUUAUCUCUCGUAUUGUUAUUUUAACGACGUUCGGAAAGCGUCUCGUCGGAUGUACAAGCCGUUUUCUCAGGACGUUUCACCGUCGUCGAUAUAAAAUAUGGAAUUUAUGAGAAUUAAUGUGUUUAAAAUUAACUCGUUGUACCUACGGCGGCGGCGGUGUCGCUGCCGUCGUCACUGAAUUUGGACGGGAAAUGGCCAAGGGGUUAGGUUUAGUUUUUAAAUAUUUCAGCCGAUUUAUGUCACAGGCGGUUUUUUUAUUUUCAUAUAUUAAUAUAUUAUAAUACAGGCUCAUCUCGGAAUAAUUUUCUCGGAACAACAAGUGACCGCCGUCGUACGACCAGCAGCCAUAUAGAUGGUUCGUUCGGUCGCGCGUAUUAUAAUAUACCACGUCUCCGUAUACGGGUUAUCGGGUUCGAGGAUCAUCAUCACACGGGAGGAAAAAACGUUUAUAAUGAAGAGAUUUUCUUUCUUUCUUUCAUUUUUUUUUUUUUUUUGAAAUUUUUUUUUUAUUGAAAUCUUUCCCCUCGCUUAUAGUAGGUAUACCUAUAUUUACUACUUUACGUCUAUGCGCACGGCGUGUGUCCGUUUUCGGUUCGUGAUCGAAGAAAGUGACGCCGAAGGUCAAGCCCUGUACCUAUGUGCGUGUGUGUGUGUGUGUGUGUGUAUGUGCGUAUAUACUUAAACACUGGCAAAAAAUAAAUAAAAAAAUAAAAAAUAAAGAAGAGAGAAAUCGAUGAGAGCACGACCGCGAGAAUAGCCGUAUGACAUGUACGUAUCCUCCGCACAUUAUAAUAAAAUAUACUCGUAUAUCCACAUAGAAUUCCUAUAAUGUAAAAUAACACCGCUGCGCGCGGAUAUGCCGAUUGUUACGGCGGGCGACCGUGAGAUUUAUCGUCUCGGGGUUCGCCCGUUGAAAUUGCAAAGCGUUAUUAUAGGUAUAUACGAUUUAAUGUUUCGCUCGCAAGUGCGUAUUUCGUAUACUUUUAUGUUUACGUUUUGACUACUACACAGUUUCGCGGUUUUGCUUUUUUCUGUUUGAAUCGCGUGAACCGUUUUCUAUUUCUUCCCUCCGGUCCAUCAAAUCACAAGUCCCCAUAAAUCCCUAAAAUAGGGUUCUUGGUUCCCUGUUCCCGGUGGCCGCGUUUGUCGCGCACUCGUCCACCUCCUGUUCGUACGUGAUGGCCACCGUCAUUUCAUUGACGGUUCGUCUGACCCGUUUAAAUGCGUCCUGGAGAUGAUCAGGGACCUGAGAGGACCGCAAAGAAGGUCGGAGAUUUUUUUCGAUGUAGGCAAUCGGUCGUUAAGGAAAGGACCAAAGAUGCAGUUUCACUCAUAAUCGAGUGUAUUUUUGGUCCCGGGAAAUUCCAGAACCUAAUUCGAUUUUGACAUAUUUUUUUGUCUCUAUGAUUUUUGUCUUAAGCAAUUCGUUUCCCUUUAUUUGUUGGUCUGAAUAAUUCAAGUGUAUGUUUCUUCUAAUACACACAGAAUGUAGUUAUACCAAAAAUGAAGAUAUCCCAAAUCACUAACUACGAUGCACUCUUCUUUAGAAAAAAGGCAAAAGUUAUAAAAUUAUGUGACUUAUGACCAUUUAGAGUACCAUAUUUAGAAUUUCCAGGAUCAUUUAGUAGUUAUGUCAUAAUGUCAUUUAGCAAUAUUUAUAAUUUAUUUAAUUUGCUUGUAUUGAAAAUUAUACAAAAUUGACUGAAGCUUUUAUUUCUAGAACCAGAGUUAUGUUUGUUGUGCGAUUUCUCAUUGAAUAAUGAUUUUUGCGGGAGUAUUGUCGUGUCCCCGGCCCUUUUCGUUUUAUAGUACACAGGGUGAUACAAGAUACUGUAGAUACUUGUGUGACAAUUAUUAUUGCAAUACGAGAUAUGAUAGAUAUUGUAUGUAUUUAAAUAAUAUAUUUAUUCGAUACUGGGUACUGGGUAGUGGAUAUAUUACGAAUAGAGAAUUAAUAAAAAUCAUUCCCACUUCAAUGACACAACUAGUAUAUAUUAAACGUCGAUUUCUCGAGGUACUUGGCCGGGACCUCUGAUUCAAAGUUUGACUCAAACCUUUCAAACAUUAUUUGGUUUCUCUGUUGUUUUCAUACCUUCAGUUUUCCGGCUGAUUUCCGAAUACUCGGGCGGGAUAAUAGUCAAGUCUCAGUUAAAUCCUAGUUGAAUCUGGAUUAUAAUACUAUUGUAUAGUAAUUAAUAACGAUAGUGUAUGGAAUCGAUGUGUACACAUCUGUUAAAUGAUGUGUAUUGUAUACGUAUCGACACCGUUACCGUGCGAAUUAUUAAAACCCGAAACAGAGGUUACGCAGAUAAAUUCGAAUCCGCGUCGGUUUUCGUUUAGACUCGUAAAUCUGCAAAUAACAACGUCCGUCGGUACGUUAUAAUAUUUCGAUAAUAAUACACGAAAUAAUAUGAAAGUUAAUAAUAAUAAUAAUUGUCGAUGAUUAAUUUUUCAGUUGGAUAUGUCUAAUAAAACCACGGAUAUUAUAAAACUAGUUAGUCACCUAUACGUAUAUAUUAUAUUCUAAUCUCCAUGACGGCCUAAACGGUUAUAUUUUGAUUUAUACCCGUGCGUAUAUACGUUUAUUUAGUUGGAUUUUAAUAUUGAAAUCCACCCACGUACGAUGUACGAUGCAAUUAUAAGCACCUAUGUUUUUAAUUUUUUCAAAAUUAAAAAAAAAAACCGCAAUGGUUCGUGUUCAUAUAAUAAAUAAGUUUUCUUGUUUUCACUCGUUAUUAAAAUAAUAUAAACGAUGCCUAUACUGCUGCAGCAGUAUUACUCGUUUAAUGCUGUGUAAAAAUAAAAAACGGCUGAUAUUCCUGAUAGAUGUUUAAGAAAACUCCUUUCGGACAAAGAGUUGUGGACUAUCUCGGUUCAAAAUGGUUUAAUGAGCUAAAUGAAGUCUCUCUAAAAAAAAAAAAAAAAAUUCUAAAUCCAAAAUGUGUGAAAUAAAUCAUUGGUUUUCAAAAACAUUUAAGGUCGUAUUACGGCAUCUGAAAAUAAGCACUGAACGUUUUUACUCGAUUUUCGAUUACCGUUAAUAUAUUCAAGUGUACUGCAACCACUGCAGUUUUCUUUUCAAAAAUAACGUGUUUCCGCUACGUAUUGGCGGUAUAGUGGGCAAUAUCCAGUAGUGAAACCCGAGUAGUGACCUCUCCCCUAUCGGUUUAUAAAUUCAACAAUAAUUAUUAUGAACGUUUGUUUUAUAGUGUUAUGUUGGUAGUGAAUGUUUUAGCCGAUAUUAUAGUUACGAGGAAAAGUAAAACUCGAUUUAUUGAAUAAAACUCGGCUUUUUCCGGAUCGGGCUUGUAAACUCUCGUCGUCGGGUCAGGUAUAAUCGAAGACCGUUCGACGAUUAAUUUACGAUUUACAGUACAUCGCGUCCCAUUUUGAAAAUCCCGGAGUAUCCGCGCCACCGCAGAUACAUGUGCCGCAAAACGCCGCGGCGCACUGAAAACAAUAUGUUUUAAAUGGGAUUGUACAAACGGUCGGCGGGAUUAUUCACCGCGGUCGCCUCCUAUCGCGCGGUGCCCGCACGAUUUCGCCGCUUUCUUCGACCCGAACGCGUCCGAUAAGUCUCGUAUCCCGUAAUAUAUACCGCGGCUUCGGUACCACACCGUCCACGAGAAAUACACCGCGUUAUACGUGUACGCACACUCGUAAGUUGCGCGCGCUUUUAAAUAAUUGACGUUUACGAUACCUACCGGCGAGCAUACGGUAAGCGUGUAAGGUGCGCGGGUUCCGCGAAAGUCCGGUAUAGGUACUGCACUACCGUGGACCGUACCGUGAUAAAUUCGGAUUCCGCGCUACUUGCGAGACGUCGCUAUGACAUUAUAAAAUUCGUUUUCGGUCGGCGGUUUCUUCUUUUCGGGCUAAAACAACGCGGUCUUUCGAUAAAAAAAAAAAAAAAAAAAAUCACCACCGCAGUACAUUAUAAUAAUAUGACCGACGGCGAAUCGUGAUAAUUGUACGGGAUUUCAAUGCGCUCCGUGCUGUUUACCGAAGCUCGCUGCGCUACACCCGUACACAGUUUUUUUUCGUCUACUAUUGCAGUCGAACGAGAAUAUUUCAUAGAAAUUUCAGUUUGCAUUUUUUUUCACAAAUGUUUGAUUUGUAUAGUCGUUUUCUUUCUUUAUUUAUUUUUUCCAGAGCGCGGUUAGGGUUUUUCAAAUGAAAUUUCUAUUUGGAAAUUUCAAAUCCAUGACAUAUUAGAUUAUUACUAAUAAUAUUUAUUUUUCGCAAUUUGGUUUUUGUUUUGUUUUUAUGUUCAGCGAAGAAUGUAUUAGUUUUACUGUGAUAUGUGAUUUUUACAUUUUUUGUUCUGUCUGUUAACGACUUUUCUUUAAGAAACUGUUGCAUCUUUUAUUUAAGCAAAUUGCGUCUAGUGGUGCAUUGCGAGGGCGAUCAUUUUUUGAUUUCCCAUUUGAUUAUUAGACUUUUCUAAACGUGGUAAAUGUUCAAAAUAUUACGAUGAUUUUUGAGCUCUUAUUAUAAGCAUAUGACAUUUUCGAGUUAUUUUGAGUAUUUAUUUAAUUUUAUGUGGCUACAAUUAUUGUUUUGGCCGAGCAGAAAUUAAUGAAAAUUUCACAAUAAUUAAAUUACUUGGUCGUUAAUAAAAAGAACAAAAAAUUUACCCCAUUACAAUAGUAUUUUUUUCUACAUGCGUUUUAAAAUCAAAAUUUGACGAAAAUCGUGAAGUAAUUUAACCUCUCUCAUAAUCGUUUUUUGUUAGCAACGAUUUAUUAUUCUGAGUGGAUUUCAGUGUAUGGUAACAGCUAGUCAAAAAUUAAAACCAAUGUAUCGAUACUGGGUUGUUAAUUUUUUUACGAAAGCUGUCAGUAUUAUAAUUUAGAAAUCGUGUACAAAUAAAAUAUUAACAGUUGGAAAGUCCGCAUUUUAGAUGGUAUUGCAUAAAAAAAAAUGAUUUAAUAAUUUUUAAAAAUCGCGAAAAAGAAUUUGUCGAGGAUAAAACUCACACAUCUGUAAAAUCUGAUUUCAUUUCCUCGUACUUUCUAUUUAUUUUCUUAAAAUAUUUCAUUAUAAUUUAUAACAUAUUUGGUAAUUUUUUUCAGUUGCAGUCCAUUAUCGACCAUCAGAUUAACUCGGACGUGAGAUGGGUACCGUGUUUGUGCCCGGUGCGCAAGGGUGAGCAUCAACAGCAGCAACAGCAGCAUCAUCAACAGCAGCAGCAGCAGCAGCAACAUCAACAUCAUCAGCAGCAGCAACAGCAGCAGCAGCAACAGCAGCAGCAGCAACAGCAACAGCCGCAGCAGCAACAGUAUGGGUCGUCUUAUUACCCCCCGACUACCACUCAGGCAACGGGGGACACAGUUGACAGCAAUGCGCCGCGUUUCAUCUUUGCCAACUAUCCGGUCGAGAAUUGAAAAAAAAAAAAAAAUGUCAUCGAUGUUAUUAUAUAUGUACUAUUGUAUACUUGUAUAUUAUUCUCGACGACUCGUUUAAUUUAUUCGCAAACGGAAAAACAUUAAAUUAUUUAUUUAUUUAUUUUUUGUUCGUGUGUUUUUUUUUUUAUUAUUUAUUGACCGUCACGAACAUUACAG